AUGCGUGAUUCCAACUACAGAGCCAUUUCCAGUAACAAAGCAGCAGUUACAAUAACAACAAGCCUUUAUGACAGACGAGCAUUAGACGUUACAUCGGACAAACCUUUGGUCAAUUCACUAAACUAUCUCACUUACUUGGUCAGCUCGUCGGCGAAAGUACGCGAGACCCUAUCAGUUGAUGGGGGCAUCGAGAGGUUGAUUGAAAUAUUGCAUGAAUGCCAUAACCGUCCGAGGUUCGUUAAUGAAAACGGAGACAAGCAAGUGUUGACUGCUUGGAAAUGGACGCUAGCAUUCCAAUGCUUGGUCCUCAUUGGAACUAGAGGCACCGAAAAGAUUAGACAAAAAGUGGUGAGAGCUGGUAUCUUGCCAAUUAUUGCAACUGUAUUAGAUAACUACUUGACAUUGCACGAACAAGUCUUUUUGCAUACAACUACUACACAGUCACAACAAAGUCAAUUUCCUCUACAGCUCAACCAAGAGGAACAGGAACAGCAACAGCAACAGGAACAGCAACAGCAACAGCAACAGCAACAGCAACAGCAACACGAGCAGGAGCAGGAACACGAGCAGGAGCAGGAGCAAAAUGGGUAUGCAACUUACCUGACUGACCUACAGGACCUUCCACCCGCAGAAGUCGUAUCAAACACCACUUUCAUUCCCGUACCCAAUACCCUAUAUUUUGACCAGUUUCUGACCACAGCUGCUGCUUUGGAGUCCACGUCGGUAACGACAUUUUCAGCCAACAAUCUUGUUUCUGCUGGUGUAACGCUAGAUAAUAUUCGACAUGAAGACGUGGAAAACUCGAGUAUUGAAGAGUUGUUUCAAAUUCUUCGAGCUUCGUCGCUUAAGGAUAGUGGGAACAGAGUCGUUGGGGUUGAAAAUGACAAUAUUCUUGAUAGUUUACCCAUUCACGCAGAGGUGAAACGCAAUUUCGUUGUUUUGCACAUAUUGAGUAGGCUUCGGGAGACUAGUGAGACUGAUUUUUUCGAGGAAGGGUACGUCAAUGAUUGCGAGUUUGAUAUGGACAGUAAUCUCCAAUUUUUGUCGGAGUUGUAUACUCGCGAUAUGAAUAUCAACAACAAAGGAACAAAAUCAGCUGUGCGGUCAUUUACGAAAACUGGGGUUGUGAUUCCCAAAGAUGACGAUAUUGUUUGGUCCUUGCAACUACUAGCAUACAUUUCAAAGUACCCCCAGCUCAAGGAAAUCUUACAAAAUACCCAUUUGGUUAUGGAUAUGAGUAUACGAGAUAAGCAGUUGAAGAUGUACCUUGAGAACCAAAUUCGAUUGAAGAUGCAAAAAUCCCUCAGUCUUAAAUCCAGACCCAUUAUCAGACCAAGAACGAGAAGUUCUAGAGUUACUUAUGUAAACAAGUUCAACCCUAGUGCAUCAAACUCGCCUCAAAUGUUGAACUCCUUGAAUGAUGACAAUUUGGUUCUCAAAGACGACAAAUUUUCUUUAUGUGAUCCGGAAUACGACGAUCGCCAAGAUUUCUGUCGUGUCGAACUCGGCGGAAGCGGAGACAAUGAAGCUACCGACGAAGCAAAUGAGGAACUUGAUGAAGAGAACGACAAUUCCGAUGGAGAUUUGGAUGAGGAGCUUUCAGACUCAAGUGAUGCCACUUUCGAAGAGACCAAUGAACAUGGAAAGUUAAUGACGGACUUGUACGAAGAAAUAGUUGCUUGUCACGCUUUGGAUAAUGACUUUCUCAGAAAAGUAAAGCUCCAUCAGUUGAAUGGGAAAUUGAGUAGAUUGAUUGACCAAGAGAGCAAGAAAUUGUCAAAUACAAUUAUUGAAAAGAGGCUAUUGAGGAGGGAAUUCCUUGAACACAAAUGGAAUUACGAAACUUACAAGUACUUUGACAUUGACGAAUUUGACGAGGAUAAAGAUGAAUCAGUUAGCGAAUACAAGAGAGUCAAUUUAUUCCCUCUUGUCGAGAAGUUUACAUUUUUGUCAGGAACUGAUAUGUAUUACUGGUCGGGAGUCAUUAUGAGGAACUCGUGUCGCAGAAAUGACCUCAAGGGUGGUGUACGCCAAUGUGGAAACUUGGAUUGUGGCAAAUGGGAGAAGUACCCUCGUGAAUUUUCAAAGUGUCGUCGCUGUAAACGAACCAAAUACUGCUCGAGGGAUUGCCAAAUGAAAGCAUGGCAUUGCCAUCGAAACUGGUGCAUUCCAAGCUCAUCAAGUAGUAGUACCAGUAACCAGACGAUGACCACGACGACUGCGACUGCGACUACGACUGCGACUGAGACUACGACUGCGACUGCAACUGCGACUACGACAACCACGGCUUCUAUACCAGAUCAGCAGCAGGAUAUCCAGGACGACUCAUUAACAACGCCAGGGCCAGCAAGCACGAUGUCACAUACUCUGGAGGACCGAGAAGAAGGAAAUGAAGGGGAUCAAGCAGAAAGUCACGAAAGUCCUCCCCAAGAAUUAGCCUAG